AUGGCUGUUAGCAAGAGGUCAUCAUCGCUAAAGACACCCGUCUGAGGUUCAGCAAACUGUCGUAUCGUUCGGGAAUCUUGACCUCGUACUCCGAAAAUCAUAGCGACGGUCGUCGAUAUCAUGGCCUCCCGACUUGCAUCCCGCUCGAGGGCUUUGCCUCGAUCAUCGGCUUCGUCGACCUUGUCUUUCGGUCGACGAUCUCUAGCUACCCACGCCUCGCUUCCUCGACAGUAUGACGCUUUGCAAGAGAAGGACUGCUCGAGCAUCACGCCGCCAUACUCCAAGUUGUUGGACACGCUUGACAAGGUCCGAGAGGUUUUGCCCCGAAACAGCAAACUCACUCUGGCCGAGAAGAUCCUGUAUGCCCAUUUACGGAACCCCGAGGAAUGUCUGGCUGGAAGCAAGGGAUUGGCGGACGUUCGAGGACAGAGGUAUUUGAAGCUUCGCCCCGACCGAGUCGCGAUGCAGGACGCUUCUGCCCAGAUGGCUCUGCUUCAGUUCAUGACUUGUGGACUGCCGACCUGUGCAGUUCCUACGUCGAUUCAUUGCGACCAUCUGAUUCGAGCCGAGACUGGUGCCGAAGCCGACUUGACCCGAUCCAUCAAUCAAAACAAGGAGGUCUUCGACUUUCUCGAGUCCGCCUCGCAAAAGUACGGCAUCGAGUUCUGGCGACCAGGAAGCGGUAUCAUCCACUCUAUCGUGCUGGAAAACUACUCGGCGCCUGGAUUGUUGAUGCUCGGAACCGAUUCCCAUACCCCCAACGCCAGCGGUCUCGGUGGUCUGGCUAUCGGAGUCGGCGGUGCCGACGCUGUGGACGCCAUGGCUGACAUCCCCUGGUCGCUCAAAGCGCCUCAAGUCUUGGGAGUCAAGCUUACCGGACAGUUGUCUGGCUGGGCCACACCCAAGGAUUUGAUCUUGCACCUUGCUGGCAAGCUCACGGUACGAGGAGGAACCGGCCGAAUUAUCGAGUACUUUGGGCCUGGAGUCGAGAACCAGAGUUGCACCGGUCUUGCGACGAUCGCCAACAUGGGUGCUGAAGUUGGAGCCACGACGUCUGCAUUCCCCUACACCGCCAGUAUGAAGAGCUACCUCGAAGCGACUGGACGAGCACCAGUCGCUCGUGCUGCCGACUAUGCCGCAGCGCAGGGAUACCUCGCUGCCGACGAAGGCGCCGAGUAUGACCAGGUCAUCGAGAUCAACCUCUCGGAGCUCGAGCCUCACUUGAACGGACCGUUCACUCCUGAUCUUGCGACCCCUCUGAGCAAGUUCAAGGACUUUGUCAAGGAGAACGGAUGGAAGGAUGACCUUACCUCGGCCUUGAUCGGAUCAUGUACCAACUCGAGUUACGAGGACAUGACUAGGGUAGCGUCGAUCGCUGAGCAGGCUAAAGCUGCGGGACUUCAAAGCAAAGUUCCUUUCCUGGUAACUCCCGGUUCGGAAUUGAUCCGUGCUACGAUCGAGCGAGACGGACUGCAAGAGACGCUGGAAGGCGUGGGAGCUACGGUGCUCGCCAACGCUUGUGGACCCUGUAUUGGACAAUGGAACCGAAACGAAAAGCUCGGCGAGGAGAAUGCCAUCUUGACCAGUUUCAACCGAAACUUCAAGGCUAGGAACGACGGAAAUUUGAAGACGAUGAACUUUUUAACUUCGCCCGAGAUCGUGACCGCCAUGUCCUUUGCCGGAAACCUUUCUUUCAACCCCAUGACCGACUCUUUGGACACCCCCAACGGACCUUUCAAGUUCAGCCCUCCCAGCGGACAGCGAGUACCUGAUAAGGGUUUCACUCCGGGUGACCUCAGCUUCUCUCCCUCCCCCAACCCUGCACCUGUCCCUGAGACCGAGAUCGCCAUCUCGCCUGACAGUCAGCGGUUGGAGAUCCUCGAGCCAUUCGGUAGCGCUUUCUCGAACGGUCAGCGGGAACUGCCCAAGAUGAAGUGCUUGAUGCGAGUCAGGGGCAAGUGCACAACCGACCACAUCUCGGCUGCCGGUCCUUGGUUGAAGUUCAAGGGUCAUCUCAGCAACAUCUCCGAAAACACUUUGAUCACUGCCGUCAACGACGAGGGUGGUGAAGUGAACGUUGCCUUCGAUGCCGAGGGUAAAGACACGAUCCCCAACAUUAUGAAGCGACAAAAGGCUGCUGGUCAGCCAUGGAUGCUGGUUGUCGACCAGAACUACGGCGAAGGCUCUGCUCGUGAACACGCUGCUCUUCAGCCCAGGUUCUAUGGGGGUGCCAUGAUUGUCGCGCGAUCGUUCGCUCGUAUUCACGAAACCAACUUGAAGAAACAAGGAAUCUUGCCCCUUUGGUUCGCCAACGAGGCUGAUUACAGCAAGAUUUCGGCCAUGGACGAUGUCGAGACCGUCGGUUUGGCCAACAUUCUCAACGGAGACCUGAAUGCACAAGUCACUUUGCGUGUCACCAAAAGCUCGGGAGAGACAGUCGAGAUCCCGACCAAGCAUACCCUGUCGUCUGACCAGGUCGACUGGAUCGCUUCAGGAAGUGCCCUCAACAGCAUCCGUGCCAAGUUUGCCAAUUGAUUUCUGGUACACUGCUGACACCGAUUUGUAGACCAGUGGCCGAGACAGGAGGAACCUCGGACCUACGUUGUAUGAAUUAGUUCCUACCCUUAUAUCAGUUUAAUUCGUGACGGCCAAUUUCCUGCUUAGAUACGUAGAAAUGUUCUCGCUCGCAGACGAAUACAGCCCCGUUACCCCUGUGUCAGGCUCACCAUAAGCCUUUCAUACGGUG